AUGACACCCGCAAUAUGUCAAGUUGAAUUGCAAAACAAAGCUCAACAACAAGAUCCACCGAAACAGUUUACGUUUGACUCCGUAUACAACGAUGAUUCUAUAACUGAAACUAUAUAUGCUGACGUCAUAUUUCCGCUGGUCGAAAGUGUUUUGGAAGGUUAUAAUGGGACAGUUUUUGCGUACGGGCAAACAGGAUGUGGCAAAUCGUUCACAAUGCAAGGUGAUACAGACCGUAAUUCACCACAAAGAGGUGUGAUUCCAAGAUCAUUUGAGCAUAUAUUUGAAGCAAUCACUGUUGCUAGUAGUACAAAAUAUUUAAUUCGUGCUUCAUAUUUGGAAAUAUACAAUGAAUCAAUUCGCGAUAUGUUAGGAAAAGACAUCACAAAAGCACUUGAAUUAAAAGAGCAUCCAGACCGAAGUGUUCAGGUUGCCUCUUUAUCAUGGCAUCAAUGCACAAAUGUAACAGAUUGUGAAAAAUUGAUGAAUAAAGGAAAUAAAAAUCGAGCUACAGGAGCAACAUCAAUGAAUGAACAUUCAUCUCGAUCACAUUCAAUAUUUACCGUAAUGGUAGAAAAAUGUACAAAAAGUGAGGUGGAUGGAAAAGAACAUAUUCGAGCUGGAAAGCUGAAUCUUGUUGAUUUGGCUGGCAGUGAAAGGCAAACAAAAACACACGCUGAAGGAGCAAGAUUAAGAGAAGCAACACGGAUCAAUCUAUCAUUGAGUGCACUCGGAAAUGUUAUUUCGGCACUUGUUGAUGGACGAUCAAAACACAUACCGUACAGAGAUUCCAAAUUAACAAGAUUAUUGCAAGAUUCAUUAGGUGGCAAUACAAAAACCCUUAUGAUUGCUGCUAUAUCUCCUGCAGAUGAUAAUUAUGAAGAAACGUUAUCAACAUUACGUUAUGCUAAUCGUGCAAAAAAUAUCAAAAAUAAACCAAAAAUUAAUGAAGAUCCAAGAGAUGCUCAAAUGAAAUUAUUACAAGAGGAAAUCAAUCGUCUCAAAGCAGAACUAGCAUCACAGUCCAGUGGUGGACAUGUAUUGCCAUCUUUCAAUAACGGCGAAGUUGAUUUAUCUGUGGUAAUCGAUAGAGACGAAAUAGAACGAGAAAAAGAACGUUUGCGUACUGAAUUUGAACGCCAAGCAUCGGAAUUGCGUCGACAAUGUGAAGAUGAACGAACAAAUUACCAAACUGAACUGGAAAAGUUAAAAGCAGAAUAUAACGAAAAAAUAGAUUCUUUGGCGAAUGGAAACGGUGUUGAACCGCUGCCGAAUGUACGCCGUGGCAAAAAAAAGGGUGCAAGACAACAACAACAGCAAACAGUCACUAGUGAUGGCGAUCAUAAUGACAACGGUGCACCAAAAGAUCAACAAGAAGUUAAAAAACGUCUUCAAGAAUUGGAGGAGAAGAUUGUUGGUGGAGAGGAGGCGAACAAUGAAGAGAGAAAAAAGAAACGUAAAAAGAAAUUAAAAGAUAUGGAAGAGAAACAACGAAAACGUUAUACAGAAGUAAUUAACGCGGAUGAUGAUGAUGUCAUGUUUCGAGUUUUCGAUAAUGUUCAAGAAGAACUUCAUUACAAGAAUAAACAAUUAGAACAAGAACGUUUAGCUAAAAAACGUUUAGAAGCUGACAAUGAUGAUUUACAACAUGAAUUUGAACGUGAUCGUGAAAAUUAUUUAGAAACUAUACGUGAUUUUGAACGACAAAUGAAAUUAUUUAAAGCAAUCAAUGAAAAAAUUUCUAGAUUUGUACCAAGAAGUUGUAAUUAUUUUAAUUUGGAUAAUAUUAAAUCACAAGCUAAAUAUGAUGAUGAGAAAAGUGAUUAUAUUUUACCACCAGUAAUUACUGAAGAGCUUCAAUUACCACCAAUGCCAGUAAGUAAUCAGACGAAGAAUGAACUAAUUGUUAAUAAUCAACAACGAGUUCAAACUCGUUCAGCUGGUUAUACGAAUGGAUAUGUUGCAACAAACGGCAAUACUCGGAAUGGAUAUGGGAUGUAUUAUCAGAAUGACGCGGACUAUGACCAGGAUCGAUAUGGUGAAAACGAUAAUUAUGGUUCAAAUAGUCAAUUAGAAUUAGAAAAACACUAUACAACACAAUAUGAACCAAUUCAACCACCACUUGACAUUAUGAGACUAAAACGACAAGAGCAGUUGUUAAGUGAAGGUCAACGUUUACGCCAAAUUCAAUCAAAACCAAUGAAUGAGGAUUAUAUGAGUCGUCGAUUAAAUCCAUUUGAUCCACCAGCACAUUUGAAAAAGAAAUAUGGAUAA